UGGCAUUGAGGCAAGACUACAACAGUGUUGAAAUGCGCAAUGAGAUUGGGUGGAUCAGUUAAAGAGCUUUAGCUCCAUUGGAUGGAGAAGCAAAGGAAAGGACAUUGCUCGGAUGAGCUUUUGCCGGCUAACGGACAACUUUUUUUGUUGGAUGGAGAAAAUUUUUCCAGAUAUCAACGAUGACUAAAAUUAGAUAAUUGAGUUACUAAUUCGUGUUUUAAAAAAUAUAUUUUGCACGCCAGUGUUCCACAAAGUUACAUCGUUGACUAUGCCAACUGUCGGAAGCAAAAACUGAGUUUUUCGAUGUCCGAAAAUUCUAAAUAAAAGGGAUUUUUUCGCGGCUUGAGCGGGCAAAUAAUGGGGUUGUUGCACAUUUUUUCUUUCAUAUAACUGAGUAGUAUCUAGUCGUACCAAAUCUAUCCGCAAUCAAAGUUUAUACUUACACAGAGCGCGCCGAAUCGACGAGUAUUGGCUUAUCGUAAUGUGACGUCACGAAGCAGCAUUGUGCUCCGCCACAUUCAGCGCUUAUACGUGUUUCCAUGCUCUCACGUGAAUAUCGUGUGUUGGUGGUUUGCGCUUGUUUCUCAAUUAUCGAAAGUAAAAUGGCGUAUAAGUACUGUAUGGUGCCACAGUGUACAAGUACCACUACGUCUACACCAGGAAAAGCAUUUAUUAAAGUGCCAUUAAACGAAAAGAAACGGAAAUUGUGGUUGGAAGCAGCGCGGCGACACUGCACCGAUCGUUCUGCAAAAAGUAACAUUUAUGCCUGUGAGGAUCAUUUCGAUCUUGAAAAUGACAUGGAAAAUUUUAUGGAGUGGAAAAUGAUGGGAGUACAGAAAAGAAUGAAAAAAGAUGUUGUUCCACAUAAAUUUGCGUGCCAAAAAGACAGAAAUCGCAGUAGUGACGCUCCUGUACGAGCCGUUGUUUUGCAAAACUCUUCACUCGCUAUCAAUACAUCAAAUUCUGCGAAAUUGGAAAUGGCUUCGGGCAAAAAAUGGCGAGAAUCGGACACCAUCAAGUUUGUGGAACUAUACGAGAAGGAGGAGUGCUUAUGGAACUUUCGACACCCGGUUUACAAGCACCGCAAUGCCAGAGAUAAAGCCAUCCAGAACAUCAUCAAGGAAAUGAACCUACCUGAUUUUGGUGUAAACGAGCUGAAGAACAAAAUAAAGAACAUUCGAAGCACCUAUCAGCAAGAGGUCAAUAAAAUCAAGCGAUCCAAACAGAUGUUUGUUGGGGAUGUGAUGGAGGAAUACAAAACUAACCUGGCCUGGUUUCCAAUUGCUGAUCGCUUUUUAGGUGCAGUCAUUAAUGGCACCAAAAAUUAUGCCAGUAAGGGUGAUGACGACGAAUCGUCAUUUUUACAACCCAAUCCAUCCGCCUUGUGCGGUCUAGUCGAAACAGAGCUGAGCAAUGGAUGUGUUGCGGAUCCUCCCGAACCAAUUUCCUCUUACAACAUCUCCAUUGACCAGAUUAAGGAAGAAGUUGAUAUUGAUGACUACAACAUCUCGCAACCCUUAGCGCCAAAGAAGCGUAAAAUGAGCAAUCAUCUGGUGUUUGAACCUCUUAAAGAAGCAAAGGCCGAUUCUAUAGAGGUGUUCCCGAAAACAACCCCUAUAGACGAAGGCCAAAAAGACGAAUGGUACUAUUUCACGAACAACGUUGCCUGCCAGUUGAAGACAUUGCCGCUAGAAAGAGCGCUGAAGUGCCAGAAGAAGAUCGUUGAUAUAUUGACUGAAGAACGGAUAGACUACAUAGUUAAGCAAAAACUUGACGCUUCUAAUAGUCCAAACUCUACCUGACCAAGGGUUUGAAUGAGGCGAUCAGAAAAGUGAAGAUUCAAACAUUUUCCAAUAAGAAUCGUGAUAGGAAUAUUAUAUUGUUGAUAAUUGUAAUUUGUUCCUCUUGUUAUUUAUUUUAUCAGUGUGUGUGUGUGUGUCUGGGUUAAAUUAACACUUUGUACAAUGACACUGUUAAUUGUUCUGUGUACAGGCGGCUCUUUUUUCGACACUUUUAUAGGGUAUCUACGUAAGUGUUAGUGCGUAAUGAUUUGUUAAGUAUUUGUAAAUACUUCUGCAAUUUGUAUAAAAAAACCCUAAGUUGAUCUCAAUUUUUUUCAUGUCUAUUGUCGCUUUUAGGGUAAUUUUAGUAGAUAUUUUUGAAUUUAAGCCGGUUUGAUGUCGAAAUCUGCAAUAUUUUUCAUAAAAUAUUUGAAUAAAA